UGGUUACCAGAUUAGUGCUAGUAAUGCCACUGAUGGCUAUACUCCUGUGUUAUAUUCCAGCUGACUGCCCCAGUGGUUACCAGAUUAGUGCUAGUAAUGCCACUGAUGGCUAUACUCCUGUGUUAUAUUCCAGCUGACUGCCCCAGUGGUUACCAGAUUAGUGCUAGUAAUGCCACUGAUGGCUAUACUCCUGUGUUAUAUUCCAGCUGACUGCCCCAGUGGUUACCAGAUUAGUGCUAGUAAUGCCACUGAUGGCUAUACUCCUGUGUUAUAUUCCAGCUGACUGCCCCAGUGGUUACCAGAUUAGUGCUAGUAAUGCCACUGAUGGCUAUACUCCUGUGUUAUAUUCCAGCUGACUGCCCCAGUGGUUACCAGAUUAGUGCUAGUAAUGCCACUGAUGGCUAUACUCCUGUGUUAUAUUCCAGCUGACUGCCCCAGUGGUUACCAGAUUAGUGCUAGUAAUGCCACUGAUGGCUAUACUCCUGUGUUAUAUUCCAGCUGACUGCCCCAGUGGUUACCAGAUUAGUGCUAGUAAUGCCACUGAUGGCUAUACUCCUGUGUUAUAUUCCAGCUGACUGCCCCAGUGGUUACCAGAUUAGUGCUAGUAAUGCCACUGAUGGCUAUACUCCUGUGUUAUAUUCCAGCUGACUGCCCCAGUGGUUACCAGAUUAGUGCUAGUAAUGCCACUGAUGGCUAUACUCCUGUGUUAUAUUCCAGCUGACUGCCCCAGUGGUUACCAGAUUAGUGCUAGUAAUGCCACUGAUGGCUAUACUCCUGUGUUAUAUUCCAGCUGACUGCCCCAGUGGUUACCAGAUUAGUGCUAGUAAUGUCACUGAUGGUUAUACUCCUGUGUUAUAUUCCAGCUGACUGCCCUAGUGGUUAUCAGAUUAGUGCUAGUAAUGUCAACCAGUGUGAUAUAUGUCCACGUAACCAGUUCAGAAAUAAAGCCACCUCCACCACAUGUCAGCCCUGUCCCAAUGGACUCAUUGCUGCCGCUGAGGGGGCCACAGCAGCUUCUGAGUGUAUCUAUGGAGACUGCCAGGCAGGAAGUUAUAUCAAUGGCUCCUCCUGCGUGACCUGCCCCACAGACUCGUAUCAGGAUGAACGAUGGCAGACAUCUUGUAAAGGAUGCCGCUUUGAUAGUGCCAACAAUGACCAGUACAGGACAGCAAGCCCUGGGGCCACCAGAGCCUCCGACUGUCAAUCCACCAAUGAGUGUAAUAGUGCUGCCACUAACAACUGCCACUCUGAGCACGGUAUCUGUACCAACACCCUGGACAGCUUCACCUGUAGUUGUAAGACUGGCUUUGUAGGGGAUGGUGUCACCUGUACAGAUAUAUGUGACACAGGGUAUUGUUUGAACAAUGCCACAUGCACCAAGAGUGGCAAUAUUUAUUCCAUGCCAACAUGCGUCUGUCGUGAAUAUUAUGAAGGUGUCACAUGUGCAGUUCGCCUACCCAUCACCAACAGCCAUGAGUGGGAUUAUAUUGUGGGCUUCUCUAUAGGAGGAGUCAUUCUCUUCAUCUUCAUCAUCUUGUUGCUGAUGUUGAUAUGCUGGUGUGCCAGACGAGCAGACAAGAGGCGAAAGUACAAGUCACCUAUGGACCCUUACAACCAUGUGUAUGAUAAUCCCAUGCAUAUCACCAAUGGAAAGCCUCUCUUUGACCAGCACAGCGUGGCGCCCUCUUACUCAAUGCACACCACCAGAGACCCAUCCAGAUCAUACAUGUUUUAUGAGGAGAGGGACGACCAGCCCGUAGCGCCAUUAUCUGAGACACUUCACAGGAACGAGACAUUCCGCGCCAGUGAAGUACAGGGGGACACCUUUAAUUUUGGGGACGAAGACGGUUACGUAACACCAGUAGCGACAGCUAUGGGUGGUGGCAAUGUUGGGGGUGAGCCUGUUGCAGACAGUGAGCCAGAGGUCCGGAUAGAGGCUGGUCUUUCUGACCCAGGGACAGCCUAGACAACUCCUAUCUCUUGCCACAUUCCAAAGAUGCAAUUAAGUAUGCAAUACUAAAGAAAAAAGGGACUACAGGAAUAAUUUUCAGUGAAUGAAAAUGUCUAUCAGCCCUGCCUCAUGAGGAAUGUGCAACAAAUGUCAGGAAUAUUUUUAAAAAUGAGAUUUUUUCAAAUGAGAAGUGGACAUAUAUUUUUGUGUUUGAUGAGAAAAUAACAUUAGUUGCAGCAUAAUAGUGCUUGAAGUUUAUAAGGGUGCUUAAGAUACCACUUCACUAAAAUAUCUGCGCAGACAUCAUAACUGUUAUAAUGACAACAGUUGUUCUAAAGUGCUACACAUGGUUUCACCAGUGCACUGAUAAACUGUAAAUAAUUUCUGCUCUCCUAGAGUAUGGAUGAUAUUAUAAUUAUUAAUACAUUGGAUAAUUGGAAGUAGAGUAAAUAAUGUUCUUUUUAUUGAAUUUUUGCACCUGAGAGAUUAUCUUUGUAUAAUUGUUAUCAAAUUUUUUCUUCAACCAAAGGUCAUGCUUUUAAUGUAAAUUUUGAAACACUCUGAAUGUGAGCAGAUAUUAAAUGUAGCACCUUUUUACUGUUUAAAUUUUUUGUUAGAACAUUGGUAGAAUUUCAUGACAAGAGUUUCAAUUAUAUAAAUGCAAUUAUAUAAAAUUGUGUAUUUACUUUAUAGUUACCCAAGACAAAAUGAAAUGUCACAGUAGCAUAUUUAACUCCCAUAAAAAGGUUUUUAAAUUAUUAACAUAUAACUUUUUAAUCAUUAGUUGAUUAAACGGAAGUUUUAAAUAGAAAGCAUGAGAAAUAAUUUUCAUAUGUAUUUUUAUAGUUUUGUAGAUUUGAGCAUAUGACAUUUUUAAUAGAAGAUACAUUGAUGUCCAGAACAGUUCAUUUCAAAUAAGAUUAUUUAAAGGUUAAGUUUUUUUGCUUACAGCUUUUUAAUCUAAUUGUUUUGAAUAAUAAAAGAAGUGUGUUUCUUCUAACAAAACUUUCAAUGUGCAUUAAGUAAGUUAUAAAAAUAAUUAAUAAAGGUUAUAUUUGUUUAUA